UCACCAGAAGGCUGGAGGUUGCCCCUGGCAGCUGCUUGUGUUCUAACACAGUAACUUGAAUCUUAGUGCCUGGUCUCAGCCUCGACCGAGGCUACCCCGACUUUUCCUGGAACCUUCCAGGUUAACUCCUGGUGUGCUAAGCAGCCCCGAGGCUCCUUCCUGCGCGCUCUGCUGGAGGCAGCAUGGAGUUUGUGGGAAAGCGGCUACUUGUGGCAUUUGAAGGCAGCCCUAAUCCGAGACCUUAGUUUCGCCGCCUUCUCUGGGCACUCUCUCUUUCUCUCUCUACCGGCACCCCUCGGGCCUGGGCUGGCAGGAGGUCUCCAGCGAGAGAGAAGCCAUGGCUCUAAAAGGACAAGAAGAUUACAUUUAUCUUUUCAAGGAUUCAUCGCAUCCAGCGGAUUUUCUGGAUGCAUUCAGAACAUUUUAUUUGGAUGGAUUAUUUACUGAUAUUACCCUUCAGUGCCCUUCAGGCAUAAUCUUCCAUUGCCACCGAGUUGUUUUAGCUGCCUGCAGCAAUUAUUUUAAGGCAAUGUUCACGGCUGACAUGAAAGAAAAAUUUAAAAGUAAAAUAAAACUGUUUGGCAUCCACCAUGAUAUUUUGGAAGGCCUUGUAAAUUAUGCAUAUACUUCCCAAAUUGAAAUAACUAAAAGAAAUGUACAAAGCCUUCUGGAAGCAGCCGAUCUGCUGCAGUUUCUCUCAGUGAAGAAGGCCUGUGAGCAGUUUUUGGUCAGGCACCUGGAUAUUGAUAACUGCAUCGGGAUGCACUCCUUUGCAGAGUUUCAUGUGUGUUCAGAACUAGAGAAGGAGUCUCGGAGAAUUCUGUGCUCAAGGUUUAAGGAAGUAUGGCAACAAGAAGAGUUUCUGGAAAUCAGCCUUGACAAGUUUCUCUUUAUCUUGUCCAGGAAGAACCUCAAUGUCUGGAAGGAAGAAGCUGUCAUAGAACCCGUCAUUAAGUGGACAGCUCAUGAUGUAGAGAAUCGAAUUGAAUGCCUGUGCAACCUACUAAGCUAUAUCAACAUAGAUAUAGACCCAGUGUACUUAAAGACAGCAUUAGGCCUUCAAAGAAGCUGUCUACUAACUGAAAAUAAGAUACGCUCUCUGAUAUACAAUGCCUUGAAUCCUAUGCAUAAAGAGAUUUCCCAGAGGUCCACAGCCACCAUGUAUAUCAUCGGAGGCUAUUACUGGCAUCCUUUAUCAGAGGUCCACAUAUGGGAUCCUUUGACAAAUGUUUGGAUUCAGGGAGCAGAAAUACCUGAUUAUACCAGGGAGAGUUAUGGUGUUACCUGCUUAGGGCCCAACAUUUAUGUAACCGGAGGGUACAGGACAGAUAACAUAGACGCUCUUGACACAGUGUGGAUCUAUAACAGUGAGGGUGACGAGUGGACAGAGGGCUUGCCAAUGCUCAAUGCCAGGUAUUACCACUGUGCAGUCACCUUGGGGGGCUGUGUCUAUGCUCUGGGUGGUUACAGAAAAGGGGCUCCGGCAGACGAGGCCGAGUUCUACGACCCACUGAGAGAGAAGUGGCUUCCUAUUGCAAACAUGAUCAAAGGUGUGGGAAAUGCUACUGCCUGUGUCCUUCAUGAAGUCAUCUAUGUCAUUGGCGGCCACUGUGGCUACAGAGGCAGCUGCACCUAUGACAAGGUGCAGAGUUACAAUUCAGACAUCAAUGAAUGGAGCCUUAUCACUGCCAGCCCACACCCAGAAUAUGGAUUGUGCUCAGUUCCGUUUGAAAACAAGCUCUACUUAGUUGGUGGACAGACUACAAUCACAGAGUGCUAUGACCCGGAACAAAACGAGUGGAGAGAGACAGCGCCCAUGAUGGAGAGGAGGAUGGAGUGCGGGGCCGUCAUCAUGAAUGGGUGCAUCUAUGUCACCGGAGGGUACUCCUACUCAAAGGGGACGUAUCUCCAGAGUAUUGAGAAAUACGACCCAGAUCUCAAUAAGUGGGAAAUAGUGGGCAAUCUCCCGAGUGCGAUGCGGUCUCAUGGAUGCGUCUGUGUGUAUAAUGUCUGACUGAAUCCACAGGACGAACCAGGUCAUCACUUGGGGCAUAGUAAAAAGAAUGCAGAGUUUGGGGUGGCUCGUUAUUGUGGUUCAGCACAUGCUAGGGCACUGGAGAUUUUUAAUUCUAACCUUGCACGAUUCCCAGGCCCAGUGAUUAAUGGGAAUAACAUAAGAAAAAUGUUAUGUAUGUAUGUAUACAAUUCAAUUAAGAGAGCUAACCCCUCCUAGAGUCUCUGGAGUAUUUGACACUUGGUAAAGGUGAAAUAUCUUUGUAGUGAAUCUUUUCUUCCUGGUAGCAUCAACACUGGGUAAAAGUCAAAAUCACUCAUUCUAUGUGGUGAAAUGUCUGUUAAGAGCCUAUAAUACAGCCAGGCAGUGGUGGUGCACGCCUUUAAUCCCAGCCCUUGGAGGCA